CCAGAAACCUCUACCACUUUCGAUUUUCAAAUAGUCAAAUCCCAAAAUGAACACACUCCCCACAGUGGGGGAAAUCUGAAGCUGUUGCUGAUCUUAUCCAUCUCCAAGUUUCCAUAUAUAAAUUGGAAAUGGACCACCCUCUCCCCCAAACUCCCCACUGCAAUCCUCUGCUUCUGCUUUUUUCUACCUAACCUUAGUUGAGGAAUUACUGUACUGAUACAUCAAACAUCCAUCAUGGCUUUCAGGGCAAUGGGAUUGCUGUUGGGUCGACUCGGAGGAAACAGACCCUUCGCCACCUCAACUACUCCCGAGAUGAAACCCUUCGCGUCCGCCAUGGACUCUGUCCACUCUGAUCAUCCUCGGCCCAAGACACGGGGAGUGAAGGCGGAGUUUGCGCCGGUGUACGUGAUGCUGGGGAUGGUGCUGGUGGCGGUGGCGAUCGGAGUGCACACGGCGAAGCAGCAGCUGGUCCAUUCGCCCACGGUCCUAGUGAAGAAGAAGAAGAGGGAGAGCUUCCCGGAGGUGGAGGAGCCUGACGCCGUCGUUGAUUCCGCCGACGAGUUGCUCAAGAAAUCUUUUCUUAGGAAGGUGGCUCACAUCCAACAGAUCGACCGCAACCUGCCGGAUCCUAUCCGGGGCGACCCGUUUAUCCGCCCUCGGAAAGCAGAAACAUUAAAGAGAGUUGGGGUGGAACCGAGUCACCACUAAAAAUUGGGUUACCAAUUUCAAUGCUAUGAUUUUCCUUUACUAUCCUUUUAUGUCACAUGUAAUUUGUUUUUUUUUUUUUUUUGUUUUUAAUGUAUGUUUUUGUAAAGCGUGUCACCUAGAUGUUGUAAAUACAAGGAUAGUGCUUUUUGGCUCCAA